AUGAGUUGCCUCAAUUGCUGCAAGACUGCUGAGGUCGAAUCGCCGUCUUACCGGGAAGCGUUGGCAGAGAGUGCAAAACGGAGAAUGUCCAGAGGCUAUAUAACAUUCAAAUCAUUAGCAGCCGCUGUGUCACUCAAAACAGGUAGCAGCAAGCAUAGACAAAUCAAUGAACAGAUUAAAAAAUACGGAGAAGUGAAGAAUGAUAUCAAGGUGUUCACAUACAAUCAAAUUGCUGAAGCAACAGAAAAUUUCAAUUCUGAUAACCUUCUUGGAGAAGGAGGAUUUGGUUCUGUCUACAAAGGUUACAUAUGUGAUCAGCAUGUAGCAAUGAAGCAACUGAACAGGCAAGGAGCACAAGGAACAAGAGAAUUUUAUGCAGAGGUUUUGAUGCUAAGUUUGGUGAAGCAUCCAAACCUUGUACAGCUAGUUGGUUAUUGUACAGAAGAUGAACAUAGGGUUUUGGUCUAUGAGUACAUGGCCAAAGGAAGCUUGGAAAAUCACCUCCUAGACCUAGGCGAGGGUAAGAAGCCUUUGGAUUGGCACACAAGGAUGAAAAUUGCUGAGGGAGCAGCCAGAGGGCUUGAGUAUUUGCAUAGCUCUGCAGAUCCUCCGGUUAUAUAUCGUGAUUUCAAGUCAUCUAAUAUACUAUUAGACGAAGAUUUCAAUGCAAAACUUUCCGAUUUUGGACUAGCUAAGAUUGCUCCAAAUGGUCAGGGAACUAUCACAUCUAGGGUGAUGGGAACCUUUGGCUACUGUGCACCAGAAUAUGCUUCUGGUGGUCAACUAACCACAAAAUCAGAUGUUUACAGUUUUGGUGUGGUGUUCUUGGAAAUAAUCACUGGCAGGAGAGUAAUUGACACUACAAGAGAUAUUGAGGAGCAAAACUUGAUUGAAUGGGCACAACCUCUUCUCAAGGAUAAGAAGCAGUUCAGUCUAAUUGCUGAUCCUUUGCUUAAUGGCCAGUUCCCUGCAAAGGGUCUAUUUCAAGCACUUGCAGUGGCAGCAAUGUGUCUCCAGGAGGAUCCUGAGAAACGACCUGACAUGGACGAUGUUGUAACGGCUCUAGCAAUUCUAUCAGCGACCAAGACCGACGAAAAAGAUGGUGCUGGCGAAGCAGUAAAAACUGGCGGGCAUGUCGAAUCUUUCAGAGCAGCAGAAUCAUUCAACAAGGAAGAGCAAAGGGGAUAGCUUCAUUUACCACAAAGUAGGAUUCACUAUAACAUUUGAGAAAACAAAGAAGAAGUUGCUGUACAAAUAUGAACUUCUUUAGGAAUGCUUCUGUUUCUGUACUAAAAUUUUAGGCUGUCCUUUUUUCUGUUCCUUCUUUUUUAUGGGGAUUGAAU